AUGGCGAAAAAGAUUUCCUCUCUGAAACCACCAACCUUUGUUGGUAGAGAAGACCCAUUACUUCUCGAAAAUUGGAUAAGAGACUUCGAAAAGAUUUUCACGGCCACGGGUACGCCUGAGGCCCAGAAAGUUGACCAAGCGACCUUUUAUUUGCACGAGGAUGCUGAUACGUGGUGGGAAAGUGUAGGACCAGUUGUUAAAGCUCAAGAGAACUUUAACUGGGAAGCAUUUAAGAUAGCGAUUAAGGCUCGAUUCUUCCCCGAGCACAUCCGUAGGCAGAAGUACAAUGAGUUUAGUAGAUUCAAUCAGAGUUAUAACAUGAGUGUGCAAGAGUACGCUCAGAAAUUUAAUGAGUACUCGCUUUGUCUGUCCGAUGUAGUUCCUGAUGAGGGAACUAAAGCUCAAAAGUUUGAGGACGGACUUAAGUUCGAUCUUCAGACUCGUAUGGGAGGUAGUACCUCAACUACUUUCGCGGAGGCAUAUGCUAAGGCCUCAAACUUAGAGAGAAUUCUGCAGCGUGAAAGAGAAGUGCUAAGUAGGCAUAAGAGAAAGGAACCUGCGAGCAACAGCAACAGCCAAGGGUACGAUAAAAGGCCCAACAACAACAACAACAAUAGUGGACGCUACAACAACCGCAACACUCAGAAUUAUGGACAACAGGCCCCGCAAGGAAAUAGGAUCCAAAGGAACUUUGUUUGCAGGAAGUGUAACAAGAACCAUCCAGGGUUCACUUGUCAGGGUGAGAAAAUCAAAUGCUUCGAAUGUGGAGAAGUAGGUCACAAAUCAUUUAACUGUCCCAAGAGGCAAGCUCAGAAUGGACCAAAUGCAACCAAAAGUAACACUGGCAACAUUGGAAGUGGAAACAGGAUUCAACACUUUAAUAACAACCGCCCCAAUGGAGGAAUGCUGCCCAGAACAGAAACCAGGACAACCGCCCUUUGGAAGUGGAAAUGGAAAUUUUGGAAGGAAUGA